CAAGCCCGAGACGUAGAGAGAGUGGUGGAGAAACGGCCACGCCUGUGAUCUGACGUGACGCUAACUGAGUGCAGACCGUCAGCCCGUUCUUGUGGGUCACAUGACAGGCCAGCCUUCCCGACUGAGCUGAAACACGUCCCAUAACCAUGCCAGCAACACAGCAGUCACCCCAGGAUGAACAGGAGAAGCUUCUGGAUGAAGCUGUGCAAGCUGUCAAGGUCCAGUCGUUCCAGAUGAAGCGAUGCCUGGACAAAAACAAGUUGAUGGACGCCUUGAAGCAUGCCUCCAACAUGUUGGGUGAACUAAGGACCUCCAUGCUUUCUCCAAAGAGCUACUACGAGCUCUAUAUGGCCAUCUCUGAUGAACUCCACUACUUAGAGGUUUAUCUGACCGACGAGUUUGCCAAGGGGCGUAAGGUGGCAGAUCUGUAUGAGCUGGUCCAGUAUGCGGGCAACAUCAUCCCCAGACUUUAUCUGCUAAUUACAGUGGGUGUGGUAUAUGUUCGGUCCUUCCCGCAGUCUCGCAAGGACAUUCUGAAGGACCUUGUUGAAAUGUGCCGUGGUGUCCAGCACCCACUCAGGGGCCUCUUCCUCAGAAAUUACUUGUUGCAGUGUACUCGCAACAUACUACCAGAUGAUGGAGAGCAGUCAGAGGGAACAGAGGAGAUGACCGGUGACAUCAAUGACUCCAUCGACUUUGUCCUUCUAAACUUUGCGGAGAUGAACAAGUUGUGGGUUCGAAUGCAGCAUCAGGGUCACAGCCGAGACCGAGAGAAGAGAGAAAAGGAGCGACAAGAACUGAGGAUUCUGGUGGGCACCAAUCUAGUUCGGCUCAGCCAACUGGAGGGUGUCAAUGUGGAGAAAUACAAACAGAUUGUUCUUCCUGGAGUCCUGGAGCAGGUUGUGAACUGCAGGGAUUCACUGGCUCAGGAAUAUCUUAUGGAAUGCAUCAUUCAGGUUUUCCCAGACGAGUUCCACCUUCAAACACUGAAUCCUUUCCUGCGUUCCUGUGCUGAGCUACAUCAACACGUAAAUGUCAAGAACAUCAUCAUCGCCCUCAUUGACAGACUUGCUCUGUUUGCUCAUCGAGAAGAUGGCCCAGGGAUCCCUGCUGAAAUCAAACUGUUUGACAUCUUCUCUCAGCAGGUGGCCACUGUAAUUCAGUCUCGCCAGGACAUGCCAUCAGAGGAUAUUGUAUCGCUUCAGGUCUCUCUCAUCAAUUUGGCCAUGAAAUGCUACCCUGAACGUGUAGAUUAUGUAGACACAGUCCUGGAGAGUACGGUGGAGAUCUUCAACAAGCUCAACCUGGAACACAUAGCAACCAGCAGUGCGGUGUCAAAGGAACUUACCAGGCUGUUGAAGAUCCCGGUGGAUACCUACAACAAUGUGCUGAUGGUCCUGCAGCUCAAACACUUCCCACCACUCUUUGAAUACUUCGACUAUGAGUCCCGCAAGAACAUGAGUUGCUAUGUGCUGAGCAACACAUUGGACUACAACACCACCAUUGUGGCACAAGAGCAGGUGGACGCCAUCUUGAACUUGGUGUCCACACUGAUACAGGACCAGCCAGACCAACCAACUGAAGAUCCAGACCCAGAGGACUUUGCUGAGGAGCAGAGCCUUGUGGGUCGUUUCAUCCAUCUGCUCCAUUCUGAAGAUCCUGAUCAGCAGUAUCUUAUUCUUAAUACAGCACGCAAACACUUUGGAGCUGGUGGAAACCAAAGGAUUCGUUACACAUUGCCUCCCCUUGUGUUUGCUGCCUACCAGCUAGCCUUUCGAUACAAGGAAAACUCCUCCACCGAUGACAAAUGGGAAAAGAAGUGCCAGAAGAUUUUUUCUUUUGCCCACCAGACAAUCAGUGCACUCAUUAAGGCUGAGCUCGCCGAGCUGCCUCUUCGACUCUUCCUGCAGGGGGCGCUGGCUGCAGGGGAGAUUGGCUUUGAAAACCACGAGACUGUAGCGUAUGAGUUCAUGUCACAGGCAUUCUCUCUCUAUGAGGAUGAGAUCAGUGACUCCAAAGCUCAGCUGGCAGCCAUCACCUUGAUUAUUGGCACUUUUGAGCGAAUGCGAUGCUUCAGCGAGGAAAACCACGAGCCCCUGAGGACUCAGUGUGCACUGGCUGCGUCCAAGCUGCUGAAGAAGCCUGACCAGUGCAGAGCUGUCAGCAUCUGUGCCCAUCUCUUCUGGUCAGGUCGCAGCACUGACAAAAAUGGUGAAGAGAUCCGUGAUGGUAAGCGGGUGAUGGAGUGUCUAAAGAAAGCCUUGAAGAUUGCCAACCAGUGCAUGGAUCCAUCACUGCAAGUUCAGCUUUUCAUUGAAAUCCUCAACAGAUACGUCUGCUUCUAUGAGAGGGAAAACGAUGCGGUGACAGUGCAGGUGUUAAACCAGCUGAUCCAAAAGAUCAGAGAAGACCUUCCCAACCUGGAAGCUAGUGAAGAGACGGAGCAGAUCAACAAACACUUCCACAAUACACUGGAGCAUCUUCGUCUGCAGAGGGAAUCCCCUGAAUCUGAGGGCCCUGCCUACGAGGGCCUGGUCCUUUAAAGCUAAUGUUGGCUUUGUGGCAACUUUAAACAGAUUGUGCCAAACCAAACUGAAGACCAGAUGACCGUGCGAUCUUUGGCUGUCACACUUCAGCGUUCUUCUUUUUGCCACAUCGUGCUCGUCAUUCUCUCUUUAGGCUCCUUAUAGUGUCUCAUUUGAAGUCAGGACUUCUCACCACUGGAUUGACCUGGUCAAAACUGUGGUGUGUUUGCAUGCUUUAGUGUGCUUGGCAUCAAAGGGCCAGUGUUUAGUUCACUCUCUAUGGAUCUCACUAAUUACACUGUUUUUUGUUCUUCCCCAUGAUAUUUUUUGAUAACAACCAUGUCCUUUUGGAUGAACAUGUUAAGGAGGUGCAGCAGUUCCUCAGGAUUGUAUGUUGGCCGACUUGUCAGUGUACAAUGGUGCAGAAGCUUUGUGUCGUUUUCCACAACAUUUAUUGAUUUCUCUUUCUUGCUUAUCAAUGUUGAUUUGUUGGAGUCGGCAUUGAACUGUUACCUUUUUGCUUUUAAAUAUGUGUUUAAAUGCACUUGUAAAUCAGAUAAAUAAAAAUACAGAUUAAGUAGAAAUGAUCAUUGUCUCUGAAAUAAAAUUGACAUUAACAGUU